UACUCCCUGGCAGCAGAGUCUGAUCAAAACCAAUCGAUUUCAGAUCGAGCAGACCCGAGUAGCCGAGCUCCGAGAGAAGGAUGUUGGCUGGCUGCAGGGUGGCUCUGCCCAGGGGGCUAAGGUGCUGCCAGAGAGUAUUAUCGUGGGUGCCUGUGGUUAUCAUAUCCUUGGUGGUGCUGUGGUCCUACUAUGCCUACGUCUGGGAGCUGUGUCUGGUGACUGUAACAAACCCAGCAGAAAAAGCCACAUACCUCCUGCUAUUUCACACGGUUUUUGUGCUCUUCAUUUGGACUUACUGGAAAGCAAUUUUUACACCCCCAAAGCAACCAACAAAAAAGUUUUUGCUGCCAUAUGCAGAAAAGGAACGGUACGACAAUGAAGAACGACCCGAAGUUCAGAAGCAAAUCGUGGCGGAGUUUGCAAGAAAAUUACCAGUUUAUACCCGGACUGGAAGUGGAGCAACCCGAUUUUGUGAAACAUGCCAGAUAGUGAAACCUGAUCGCUGCCACCACUGCUCAGUCUGUGGAAUGUGUGUUCUGAAGAUGGAUCAUCACUGUCCUUGGGUAAAUAACUGCAUAGGAUAUUCAAACUACAAGUUCUUCCUUCUUUUCCUUGCCUAUGCAAUGUUGUACUGCUUGUAUAUUGGCUGCACAGUUUUCCAGUACUUCAUUUUGUACUGGACGGAUACGUUGUCAAAUGGCCAAGCAAAAUUUCAUGUGCUUUUCCUGCUUUUUGUGGCUUUGAUGUUCUUCGUCAGCUUAAUGUUUCUCUUUGGAUACCACUGCUGGCUUGUUAGCCUAAACAGGACCACACUUGAGGCAUUUUCAGCUCCAGUUUUUCAGAGUGGCCCUGAUAAAAAUGGCUUCCACCUGGGGAUCCAUAGGAACCUACAGCAGGUGUUUGGAAAGAAUAAGAAACUAUGGCUGAUUCCUGUAUUCACAAGCCUUGGGGAUGGUUUUACCUAUCCAAUGAGAAUGGUCUGUGAGUCCCGAAACCCACUUUUGGCUGCAGAGAAUCAGUGGGAAGAUGAUAUGACAGAUGAAGAGAGCCAAGCAUAUUGUGAAACAUCAAACAUAACCGUACACAUAGAGAAAUAGUAUUUCUGACUUGGAAAACUUUAAAUAAAGGGGCCAAAAUAUCAAAAAGCAUAUUUCCCAGAAUGCCCCACUAAAGAGACGGAAUCCAGACUGCCUAUCCUGGAGCAAAGUGAUGUAGGAACACAAUGUACCUCUCUGGGGCGGCCUAGCCUGAGCCGCUGUAUUCAGGCUGCUGUUCUUUUGGAAUUUGGGGGGGGGGGGGGGGGGGGGAUUGGAUGUGAGAAGGGAAAGUGGACCAGUCAUAUUUAAAACUAUUUGUUUUGUGGAUUUUCAAAUGCACUGUACAUUGCACAAUUAGUGAGCUGUUUAUCAGCUUGGGGCAUUUGUAUAAAUUUAGUUUACAGAUAAAAAAAAUACUGGAAAGGGAAUGGGUUUUUCUUUAAUUACUGUCUUUUAGUGACAUCAGAUAUCCGUUCACCUCUUUGCAGUAUUUUUGUGUUUGGAACAGAAUAGGGAUUCUGUAAGUCUUGUUUUUAAUAUUGUCCUUUUUGCUUUAUUUAGUGAUAAAAGUCACUACUUCAUUAUGAUGUAAAGUAGGACAAUGUUGCAGGAACGCAAUUCCCAGCAUCAUUCUGCUCUUUCAGCUUAAGUAGGAUGAUGGGAAUUAAAGAUGUAUAUAUGUACAUUCACAGGGUUACCUUUUGAAGGGGCAGUACAUCCCCUUGGUAAACAUGACUAGACCUUGUGCUAAACAUGCCUUUUGCUUAUUGUUUAAAGGGGUAGUUUACCUUUAAGUAUACUUUUAAUAUGUUAUACAAUGGCCAAUUCUAAACAACUUUUUAUUUGUAUUCAUUUUUUGUUUUUAUAGUUUUAGCAUUUUUGCCAUCUUCUUCCGACUUCUUUCUUGCUUUCAAAUAGGGGUCACUGACCCCUGCAGCCAAAAAUCUAUUACUCCUUGAAGCUGCAAUUUUAUUGUUAUUGUUACUUUUUAUUACUCCAUAUUGCAGUCUAUUAUGAACACCCCUGCCUGGUUGCUAGAGUUAUUUGGAUCCUAGCAACCAGAUGGCUGCUUUAAUUCCAAACUGUAGAGCUCCCAAACAAAAAGUGAAAUAAUUAAGAAACCAUGCAAAAACUUAACUCAGAGGUAAACAACCCCUUUAAUAGCAAAAGAUCUAUGUUUUUUGUUAUUUCUUGAGCUAAACAGUGAAGCUGAAGCUACUCCAUGUUUGGUCCUUGCAAGGUAGAACAUUAAAUUAUCAGAGAAUAGUUAAUUUACUCCUGCUUACAAAACAGUGAUAACAAAAGGGAUGGGGUUGUAUCCUUGUAAUCUAAUUAUGUAAUUAUGUAUUCUUAAUUAUGUAUUUUAGUAUGUUCUGGUCUAUGUUCUGUAAAUCUGGACACUUGGGCCAUUUCUUUAAAAUCCUACCAGUCAAACUAAGUGCCCUUUGCCCAAAGAAGAGUUACCACAAUGCACCA